AUGCUCAGCAGGCGCCCGAGCAGAAAAGUCUCGCCGGGACGAGCGAGCGAGCGAGCAGUCUGGUGGAAGGAGGCGAGUUUUCCGCGGGAGAGGCGGAGAAAGCGCUGGAGCCGGCGGCGAGGUGGCCGAGCCCUGGGCAACAUGUAAGCGUGCGCGGUGGUGCCUCGGGGCUCCAGCUUGUGCUUCCUGCUUGCGUUUGGCUGAGCCGAGUUCCCCGCAGAGGGAACCUACAGGUUGUAAACACCCGGGGGUGGGGGGAGAGAGAAAGAAGCCGAGGCGGGCGCCCUUCGUCCGGGGCUCGUCCGCAGGGCCACCCGCUUCUCCCCGCGGGGUUCAUUUCUGAACUGCGUCUGGGGGUGGGGGCGCCCUUUUUCCGGCUCCGGCGCGCAAGUACGGAUCUCGUUGGCGCACAGCCGCUGCUUCCAAAGUGGAGCCUGCUCGCGAGCCUUGGGCACACGCCUGCUUGGCCGCGUCUGUCCCGGCACAUGUCGUUCUUCUGAAAAGCAAGUCGGGCCGAGUGCUUUGGCGGGUGUGCCCGGAGGCACAGUUCCUCAGCAGCAUGGAGAGGAGAUUAGCUCGCCCUUUACGCACGCCCUGCUGUGUUCUCGAUCGCUGUGGAUUUCCUACCCUUGUUCAUUGCUAGAUGUGCACAUCCAAGGAGAAAUAAAUCUCUUAUGUUAGCUGGAGCAAGGUGCGCGUGUCCUCCAAAGUGUAAUGGUGCGAAAUCGCCCAGAGGGCAUAAAGCGCCUGCUAAAUUCUUAACUGGAUUUGGCUGGAGAAAGCUUAGAAAUUGCCCUUUGAAGCCUCCCAAAGAUAAACUAGCUGAUGCUCAGGAAGCUACCGGUUGACCUGAUGCCGUUUGCUUGCCCGUUUGAUGCAGCAGCAACAGUGCUUGAUUUGGGCUGGGUGGAGUGGAAUAAAACGGAGUUCCAGAUACAAUUGUGGUGUUAGGCAGGGAACCAGAGAGCUUGCCUGGAAGUUGCAUGUAAGUUGUUGACUGUGCUUCCUUCCUGCAGGCUUUAAUGCUGACUAAGUAAUAGGACUUUGCCACUAAUGUCUAGGCUAGGCUGCUUCUUUUUCUUUUUAAAGCCUGGAGGCGUGUCUAAUGUUUGCUUUAUCUUAGUCUAAACAAGGUUAAGAGUGUUGGGAUAUUCCAUCAAGCAGGUGUAGGAGCAGGCAUUGGUCAUCGUUUUGCUAUGUCCUUGCUGCUAAGUCUCCAGGGCUGGCUAUGUGUACAGAUCUCCAGGUUUUCAAGGUCACAGCUUUGAAUACAGUGAAACACACUGCCAUUUCUGUUGCACGCUAGCAGAAUGUCUUCAUCCAUUCUAAUCCCCCCCCCCAAUUUCCUUUUGUUGUUCUCUUUCCCCACUAGCCAGAGCUGUCCCAGGUCAAUUGUGUUGGCAUCUCAAUGAUGGAGUUGUGCCAGGUUUGGCCAAUCGGCACAGGUGUUCAGAAGGGUUCCCAGGUUGCAAUCCAGAGAUUGUGUAGAUGAUUUGUACUGUUUUUACAGGAGCAAAAGAGGAAUCCGUUGUGGUUUCCCUUCUUCUGUUGCUCUCCUGAUGCCUUUUGCCCAUAUGUUUCUGAACACCAUUGCUGGAAACCACAGGAGGGGAGAGCGCUGUUUCCAUCAGGUCCUUCUCAUAGGCACUUGGUGGUCCACUGUGAAACCAGGAUGCUGGACUGGGUGGGCCACUGGCCUGAUCCAGCAGGACUCUUCUUAUGUUCAUAUUCUUCUUCCACAAAGUUGGCAAGGUUUCCUUUUGCCCACAUGCCCCUCUUGCUCUAAAAACUGGAUCUUCCCUUUGCAUUUGACACCAUUUUAAACAGAACGGGUCUGUCACCAUCACACUGAACUCAGCCCAGAGUUCAAGAUGUAAAUACAUGUGGGUCGGCAGUGGUAACAAGGCAUAGGGAACUUCAGUUGCCGAUGUACUGUGUGACCUUGGGAGGUGACUGAUGCUCUUUGCUGAAAUUUCCCUCUUUGCACCACCAGGGAGGCUACUGCCUUGCUAUGCAGGCUAUGAGGCUCUGUUCAGGAGAUGCAGUAGGGUGGUUGCUGUUCCUCCUGAGCUUCCUGCCCUUCGAACUGCUAUGCAGCUAAUGUUGUGGAAGACCUGCCACCCUCUCAAGCUUAAGCUUGAUUUCCAACAACUGUUCAACAAAUGAUUGGCGGGGAGAAGAACCAUGACAACAAUCUCUUGUGCAAACGAUGGCUGUUUUCACACAUGCAGUUUAAAGUGGCCAAAAUGCCCAUUUGCAGGACAAAUGCCUCUCCUGGUUUUCUCUUCCGCAUGAAGAGUAACAUGAAACGUGAGCUUCUCUCAUUCUCUUUUAAGCAUCACGUGUGAGGUGCUGCUUAUUUAACUAUCUAGACAGAUAUAGCUUAAUACUGUCUGUACAAUUGGAUUCAAAGUUCUGAAUUAGCUAGGAAAAAUAUAGGUGGUUUUGCUGCAUUUUAGUAGGUUGUGAUGAUUUGCUCAAGUGUGAAAGGCCAGAUUCUUGUUCAAAGAUGGAGGCUCCUUUAUUUCAAGCAGAUUCCAGGGGACUAGUCUUGAAUCCUGCGGUCAAUGCACAAGCAGGAAAUUCCAUUUUAUGGGUGGCUUUUGGAGCAAGGCAUCACUGAAUGGGUGAAUUUGUACAAGGGUAGGCAGUCCUUCAGAGCCUCUCAUGUACUGGGGCUCAGGCACAGUUGCUGUGCUCAUGCAAUCGUCAUGGUAACGUACAGCUGUAAUCUGCCCCUCCCCCCCGCAAGUCCUUCCUCUAUGAGCUUAUUCUAGCCUGGAUAAAAUAGCUUUUUGCAUGAAGACCGCAGCAAGGCAGUUCCUUGUGCUUCCAGCCCUGAUCUGCUGAUGAUUGUGCUGGACAGCACCAGACACCUGUGGAGAAGUUAAUGUUUCUUUAUUGUCUAAAGCCAAAUACCAAAUACUGCAAAUGCUGUCGCUUUGGCAAUUGUGGAAAGAUCAAGCUGUCUCUUGAUCUCACUCUUUUAGCUACUGUUUUCUCUGUGAAAUCACAGGACCCUGAAGUGUUUUUAAAAAACACACACACACAGGUAAUUUCUUACACAGCUUUUCAGAUAUCCAUCCCACUGAUGUUGUCUCCAAAGGGGUGCAGCAAUAAUAAUACAGUGGUAUCUCAGGUUAAGUACUUAAUUUGUUCCGGAGGUCCGAUCUUAACCUGAAACUGUUCUUAACCUGAAGCACCACUUUAGCUAAUGGGGCCCCCUGCUGCCGCCAUGCCGCCGGAGCACGAGUUCUGUUCUCAUCCUGAAGCAAAGUUCUUAACCCGAGGUACUAUUUCUGGGUUAGCGGAGUCUGUAACCUGAAGCGUAUGUAACCCGAGGUACCACUGUACAUGCCUUUGACUAAUCAAACCACUUUGCAAGAGCCUUGUAGGGUAGGCCAGUAUUAUUGUUUCCAUAUUGCAGAUUCCCAGCUGACUCUGGCUGAGGGUGGAUUGCUGUGAGUGCACAGUUAAGAGGUGAAUAGAGGACUUCUUGCUGAUGGCUCAAACUCUUGUCACCGGAUCCUAAUUAGGUUUGGCCAGAGACGUGGAUGUGAUUGGAUACUGCAGGCUAGCUGUCACCUUACUUCCCAAAAUAGGUGGUAAAUUCUAAGGCCAAACAUACCUCUUAGGGCAAUCUCAAUUUACCAGUAUAUCCAAAGGAAAAUACAUGUUGGUGGAAAUUUAGGCAGGGCUUUGAGGCCUACCCAUCAUGGCUUCUCUGCUGGGUAUCAGUGGCAUACUGGAAAAGGGAUGAAGCACCACCAGUUAUAUCAAAGCAGGGGUGCUGAUGUCUUAUGCUGGAGCACUAUUUGCCAAUCAAACCUGUAAGUUAUUCCUGAGAGAGGAAUCCAUUACAUGAGCUAAGCAAGAGGAAGGAGCAGGUUACAUUGGCAUGCAGGGCUAAGAAUUAAGCUGUGGCUUCUGUUUUGAAAACUUUUGACCAACCAAAAUGGCACAGAAUCAUGAGCAAGCUUUCAAGUCCACCAGAACGCGUCAUCAGGCUGAAUGUUAAGCCAAGUGCGUAUGUGUGUGAUUUAGAGAGAGAGAAAGAGAGAGAGAGAGAGAAGUUGACUUGGUAUUGAAGCCAUAAUGCCUGCAUUAGUCAAAAGUUUGUACGUAUAGUCUUAGAAGAGGUCUGGGAACCUGACAUGGGGAAGCGCCUGCACUUCAGAAUUUACUACUACACACUGUUUAACUUUAACCCUUUCUUUCAGCUCUUGCCUUUCUUAACACGUCCAAUAGCAGGGAUGUUUCUUAUCAGCCUUAUCCCCUUUUUGCUUUGCUAAUCUGUCCCUGAAGUUCUUCUCUGUUUAAUUCUCCCCAUGCAUCUUUCAGUGUAAUUUCACUAUCCUAGUAGCUUUCUGCUUUAACGUUCUCACCACAUCAGUGCAUCCAUAACUCUGAGAACUGCCUUCAGGCAUGUGACUCAACGUGAUUUUUGGCUGCUCAAUCAGCUGCUAUUUGAACUAGUCAAGUGAUCCUUCCGUGAGGGGAGAUCCCUACAGCUGAGGUUGAACAAUUCCUGCCUGAGGAGAACACGACACGGCAAUUAACAUCUCUUCUGAAUUUAAAACUCUCCCAAGGAGCAUGACAAAUAAUUAUAACCUAAUACUGUUUUGCUGUUUUGCGAGUUGUGAGAGAGAUUUCUGCUGUUCCCAUUUUACAGAACUCUGGCUGAGGAAUCAUCCAGUGAACUCAUGCCUGGGGUGGGAUCAGAAUUCAAAGAAUUUACUCACAAGGCCACAAAGAAUUAUUGUCAUGGGCCUGCAGUUAUGUCAAAAGGGUCUAUAGCUCUCACCCCAUGCUCUUCGGAAAGAAAAUGCCAUCUCUAGAAAUCCCUCCCACCAAAGGUUUUUCAGGGGCUUAUAUUGUUUUCUUUUCAGUGCCAAGCGCAAGACAUUUUAAAAUACAUUCUUUCUGCCUUUUAAAGUUCAGAUGUUAACUUGCACUAUUUUAAAAAGGGUUUUAUUUAUAUUCAAGUGAAAUUCAGCAACAAAUGUCAACACAAGGUAAAUAGAAAAGAAAGAGAGAUGUAAAAACAAUUCAAAAACACAAAGUUCCCAGGGAACAGGCACAGUGCCUUAUUCAUCAUAUUGUCUAUACUGGUGUGAAUAACAUUUAAAUCAACUUCUGCAAUAUCUGUUCUCUUAUUGCUGUAUGGCUGAUUAUUUAGCUUUUGUAUUUUUGAAAACCGUGUCUAAAGAAAAAGAAAUCCACCCAAGGAAACAUUUUGGCAAGGAUACAUAGAACAGCAGCAGAAAUGGAAAGUGCAGAGGCCAAAGCUGACAUAAAAGCAGUUAUAAAAGAAAUGUUUGUCCCAGUCACAUUUCUCUAAAAGUGGUUGCUUUUUCUUUUAAGGGUGCAGUCCUUAAGUUAUGCCUGCUUCAGAAGGUAUGCUUCGGUCAAUGGGAUUACUUGGGAGAUAAACUUGAUUCAUCAUUUCUUUCUUAAAAUGCUUGCCAGGACCUAAAAUUACCAGCCAGUAGCAAAAUCACAUGCCCUCAUUCUCUCUCCCUGGAUCUGCUCUUUAAAAUCCUAUAGCUGUGACCCCAUAUGAACAGACUCCAUAACCCAGCUUUGGUUAUCUACAUUCUGGUAGCCUCUAGGCUGAAUAACUUUGAUGCAUUAUAUGUGGGGCUACCUUUGAUGACAAUUUGGAAACUACCGCUAGUGAAGAAUUACCUAAGUGACCAGAUUGCUGACUGGAUGUACAUAACGCCAAUACUGGCCCAACUGCAUUGGCUGCCAAUUAGUUUCUAGGCUCAAUUCAAGGUGCUGGUUUUGAUAAAAGCCACUGGAGUGGGGUAGCAUGUGUCUUUUUUAUGCUAUUCCAGGAUGGACAAUUUUUGUUGUUGUUUAGUCAUUUAGUCGUGUCCGAUUCUUCGUGACCCCAUGGACCAGAGCAUGCCAGGCGCUUCUGUCUUCCACUGCCUCCCGCAGUUUGGUCAAACUCAUGCUGGUAGCUUUGAGAACACUAUCCAACCAUCUCGUCCUGUCAUCCCCUUCUCCUUGUGCCCGCCAUCUUUCCCAACAUCAGGGUCUUUUCCAGGGAGUCUUCUCUUCUCAUGAGGUGGCCAAAGUACUGGAGCCUCGGCUUCAGGAUCUGUCCUUCCAGUGAGCACUCAGGGCUGAUUUCCUUCAGAAUGGAUAGGUUUGAUCUUCUUGCAGUCCAUGGGACUCUCAAGAGUCUCCUCCAGCACCAUAAUUCAAAAGCAUCAAUUCUUUGGCGAUCAGCCUUCUUUAUGGUCCAGCUCUCACUUCCAUACAUCACUACUGGGAAAACCAUAGCUUUAACCAUACAGACCUUUGUCAGCAAGGUGAUGUCUCUGCUUUUAAAGAUGCUGUCUAGGUUUGUCAUUGCUUUUCUCCCAAGAAGUAGGUGUCUUUUAAUUUCAUGACUGCUGUCACCAUCUGCAGUGAUCAUGGAGCCCAAGAAAGUAAAAUCUCUUGGACACUUUUAGUUAACAAUUUUAUUCUAUUUUCUGAUAUGUUUUUAAUUUGGUAGUGUAUGCUCCCCCCCCAAAAAAAGUAAGUUACUCUGAGACAAACUUUUUUUUGUAGUAAACAGAUAAAUGUAAUAAAUAACAAUGAUGACAUAGUUGACGCCGAUGUGGAAAGUACAGGCAUAUGGUCACUUCCCUGCGUAUUUCCUCUGACAGGCCUUGCUCGUAGUUUCUCCUUGUGUGGGAGGACAAAUCUGCUAAGUCAUGCAAAAGGGAAAUACAAUGCUGUCACGUGCUGCUCCCGGGGCCAUGCCAGGAUUUGGCUUUGGGCACAUUGUGGCAGACUCUUGGGGGGGGAAAAAGCACUGGCAUAUCGGUGCAUGCCAGAAGUUGAAUCCUGUGGGCAGCAGCAGCAGCACACGUACGUGACAAGUGUGUGGCCAGCAGAAGCAGCUUGGACAUUAGGCAUAGGGAAUGCUUCUCUUUACGUGCAGCAUGUUCAGAUGAGCCACCCUAAAUGGGAGCCAAAGAGAACAGGGACAACAGGCCUGUGCUGUAACGUGGAUGCCGUUGCCACGAGCAGAUCUUGGGAGGUUUACCUCGGUGUUUUAAAAGUUUCUCCAUUCUUUCGUCAGGCUAUCGGAAGCACUUAAUUCUAUAAGCCAUUUAAUCCAGCUCCUCAUGUGCCUCAUGUGAUGCCUUGAUCCUUGCUGGGGAAAUAGCGCAGUUCCUUUCCUUCUCCUCCAUCCGCCUGUAACACCCCUUAGCAACAGAGAGUCCUGCUCUCCCAUUUUAAAGGGUGGCAGAGCUUCCCAGGCUGCUCCAGCUAAGGUCAAAAAGUACCGUAUUUUUCACCCUAUAGGACGCACUUUUUCCCCUCCAGAAUGAAGGGGAAAUGUGUGUGCGGCCUAUGGGGCAAAUGCAGGCUUUCGCUGAAGCCUGGAGAGCGAGGGGGGUCGGUGCGCACUGACCCCUCUUGCUCUCCAGGCUUCAGGAAGCUAUCCGCUAGCUGUGGGAGACGCAGCUCUCCCACGGCUAGCGGAGAGCUUGCCUACACCCAGAAGCUUGGGGCGCGCUGAGCUCAGCACGCCCCAAGCUUUGGGCUUCGUGCAGCGCUCCGCUAGCCGUGGGAGAGCCGUGCGAAGUCGCGCAGCUCUCCCAUGGCUAGCGGAUAGCAGCCUGUUCUGGGGGCUGGGGUCGGGGGAGGCUCGGGCUUCCCCCACCCCAGCCCCACACCUGGGGGGAAAAUAAUUUUUUUUUCUUUAUUUCCCCCCAAAAAACUAGGUGCGUCCUAUGGGCCGGUGCGUCCUAUGGGACAAAAAAUACGGUACUUUGUCUCUUUAACACUGCCUCUCUGCUUUCCCUAUGGAUCAGAUGUAUAAACAUUGCACUGCUCUCCAUAAAGCUAUUACACCCACUGCCUUUUUUUGGAAAAUGGGAAGCAACUGCAGUUUAAAGUUUCACGUAUCUAUCAGUUUACUUAAGCACUGUGGCACAGCACAUUUAGGAUGCAUGCAAAGCAGGCAGAGCGAGCUAGAGCAAAACACUUCUCCUGUGGAAAGCAUGAGUGGCGCCUGAGACAGUAAAAUGACCAGAUCUCUGCUCCCAGCAGUAAAGAAUUAAGAUGGAUCUGGUCUCUUUAAUGGCAGGGGGCGACCCCAUAGACCAGAGCACACCAGGCACUCCUGUCUCCUGGUAAAGGAUUACCCUUAGUCAAAAAUGGUUGGAUUUUGUUUUCCCCAUUACUCCACAUGAUGCAAAAUACAAAUUUUGCUAUAAUCUGUCCAGCAUCGACUAGCAGAUGCCUUACAUUUAAUCCUAAUUGGAGUCAAGUGCCAGCAUACUAAAAAAACAAUGAUUGAAUUUGUGCACAAAAUGAUUUCAUCAAAUGUUUCAUCAAAGGCUUUCUCUUUUACUAAGAGCUUACAGAGAACCUUAAGUUCUGAUUUUCCAUGAGUACUGGUUUUUAACUUGCACUUGAUGGAAUACUGUGUAGACUUCACUCAUGCACCCAUUGCUUUGUUGUUGUUUAGUUGUUUAGUUGUGUCCGACUCUUUGUGACCCCAUGGACCAGAGCACGCCAGGCACUCCUGUCUUCCACUGCCUCCCGCAGUUUGGUCAAACUCAUGCUGGUAGCUUCGAGAACACUGUCCAACCUUCUCGUCCUCUGUCAUCCCCUUCUCCUUGUGCCCUCCAUCUUUCCCAACAUCAGGGUCUUUUCCAGGGUACCCAUUGGUAGCUCUUAUGUAAUAUGAUCAAAUCAGAGGGUGGGAAAUGAGCAGAGGGGAGGAUGUGUAGGUCAGAGUUCUGAAAAAUCUGCAAGAUCUCCAUCUAGAAGAUAAGCUUGUCACAAGCCAUGUCACAGUUAAUCAAUGCUGAUGUUUUGGUUGGUGGGCUGGGAACAGUGACGCUGCAAGAGAUUAAAACAGACCAAUCAGGGAAGGCAGAGAGACUCAAGAUGUUUUGGUGCUUGUGGCAGAAGAUCCAAAUGAUACCCACAAUGGGGGUGAAAAUGCACCAGUAAAUUACAUAAUGGAUAGAUUACUGUACAUUGAUCUACUGCGCUGCAAACAACAAUGUGGAAAAGGAUCUCUUAAUUAUAUUAUGCUACUCUACUAGGAAGAUGCAUCUUGGGCCUGUUCAUACCACUGACUGCUAAAGAAGGAAUUGCAGCUUGUAUGAAGGACUAUGCCAGGCUUCCUCAAGCUUGGCCCUCCAGAUGUUUUGAGACUACAAUUCCCAUCAUCCCUGACCACUGGUCCCGCUAGCUAGGGAUCAUGGGAGUUGUAGGCCAAAAAUAUCUGGAGGGCCAAGGUUGAGGAAGCCUGGACUAUUCAAUUCCCUACUGAGCCAACUAUUUAUGGCUUUACUUUACUUUUUCUUUUUUUUAAGAAGUCCUGGAAAAUUACCAGGCCUGCCCAAACCUGAGGCUUAACAGCCAAAGUUUAGCUUAUUGUGCCACAUUUCUUCUCUCCCUGAAGAAACGGAACACUUUGUGUUAGGCAAUCUGAUGAAAUGCAGGGUACAUAUUCUUAAGGACCACUUGAAAUAAGUGAAGCUAAUUGGUUACUAACUUUAAUGAGAUAAAGAAAAAUGAAACGGUGCCAUUUCUUAGAGGCCUGGACUUUGCUGCUUGGCUCCUUGCACAUCCUAUGAACAAAAGCAGGGCCAGCGUCUUUAUUUCUUUAUUAGUUAUGUGGCUAGUUACAUUUUAAAAUAUAAAAGUAAAUGCCAGCAUCAACAGUUGGCACCACUGGGCUUCUGCCAUUGGUCCACAGCCCAGCAGGGGACCCAAUGGCAACAGCCCUCUUCCAGUUUGUUCACUCCAGGGCUGGCCCAGGACAUUUUGCCGCUACAGGCAAUACGGAAGAUGCUGCCCGCAGGCGCCCCUCCCCUGUGCUGAAGGUGACUGAGAAGCAAAAGGAAGGUGAAGAGGAGUGGGCAGCAGGCAGGUACAGAGGAGGUGGUGUCAGGGCUUGAGUCAGGUGUAGGUCAGCGACAAAAAAACCCAUAAAUCACCUGAGGCCAGUGAAGUUAAAUCUUUAACCAAGGAAACAAACCCACAGCUCAGGCCUAGGGGUCUCGGGAACUCUACUUGAAGGUCUUGCCCCGAUGACACAGUUGUGAGGACUGAAGGUCCCUGCCUUACCACCCCUCCUUAAGGCUCUUCCUUUCCCGGGUUUUCCCCCACGCAGUCUCAAACUGUGUCUGCACACAAGUAAUCUGUGUUCUGCUCAUUUCAUUUCUUUGCCACCAGGGGGGAGGGGAACUGGUCGCAGCAGGAGGGGAAGUCUCCCUGGAUUCUUCAGCAGCCUCUUGACCCCCACCCUCUUCAGCCUCAGCUUCUGCCUCAGAGUCUGGACUGCACUCUGCCAGACUCUUCCUGCUCAUGAAACCCUGUUGCCACGCCAGCUGCCGACACUUCCCCCCACAGUCUUUUCUUUCUCUGACCACUCAUUGUCAUGGAAUCAUAGAAUCUUAGAGUUGGAAAAGACCCAAGCGUCAUCUAGUCCAACCCCCCAAGAUGCUGGAAUCUCAGAUAAAGCACCCACCACCAAUCCCCUGGCUCUGAGUCUUCUUCCCCUGGGGGUUCACUAGAGGGUUCCCCGGCUGGCGUCUCCCACCACACCUCUGCAACCAGCCAGUCCAUGACAGGUGGGUGGACAUGGGAGAGGAGGAGCCAAGCUCCUUGGAGGCCAGAUCUGCCACCUAAGGCAACUGCUUCACCUUGUCUCAUGGGCUGACUAGCUCUGGUUCAUAGCCUCUCGAGCUGACCCAGACAACAGAGGUGGUGGGAAGAAGGAGCAAUAGAUGCCGCUGCCUGCUUGCUCCCCGGCUCUCUGCCUGGAAAAGAAGAGUGUGGUCAUGGCAAUGGGGAGGAGAAGGAGCAGGUGGUGAGGAUGGUAGUGAGAAGGGAUUCUCACUGAGAGGGGUGGAGAUGGCCUUGCCCUAGGUGGGUCUCAGCAAUCUGGAGCGGAGGCUGAAUUAAGAAAAGCCUUGCAAUGAACCAAGUACUAGGUUGUGCUAUAGCAAUACUUUUCUCUUGUGAGCUGCUAAGCAGCGCUCUGCAGAGGCCAGCCAUGGGCACAGCUUGUCUUUUCAUACCGGCUCACACAGCUGCCACUGACAUCUGCCAGCUGGUCCUGCAAAAUCCUGGCAGCCGAGGAGAGUUUAUAGAGCAGGAGGACAAAUCCCUGAAUCCCCAUCAUCAUAUCCUUCCAUGGAUCAUCUGGUCUAAGGAUAUAUAGUACAGACUGCAUACCUGCUCCUGAAAUCUCCCAGUGUAACAGGAGCAUGUGGCGGGAGUUUCUCCCCCUGUUUCUGGAAAGCUACUAAUCUAUUUUCAGCUGUUUUUAAUUGCACCUUAAUUGAAAGUGAGCGGGCUGCUUUAUGUUUGACUUUAAUAUAUUGUUGGCUGGCCUCGGGAAAGGUCAGUCUUUGAAGUGAGAGAUCUGGCUUAAUGCACAACUAGAGGUGAGGCUGAGUGAAGGCAGGGAGGUCAACACUAGGGGGAGCCAGAGCGAAUAAAUACUAGUCUUCACCCCACCCCUCCAUUCUGAGUUCUAUACAGACAAAACUGUAACACAGGCAGAGGAAAUUGACAGCCAGCACUGUCCCUUGGACUAGAACACAGGCAGGUGGGGUCUGGCUGAGGUUGUGGGGGCAAUGCCCCAUUCGCCCUCUACUGGUGAGGGUGGCUCUGUGGCACAAAACCCUUAUCCUAAGCCCAGGACUCUACAUUGGCUCCUUUGCUCCCUGCUGGUCUUUGGCCUCCACUUCAUUUUAUGGCCUAAGAGCUUGGCUAAAGUCCAACGGUGCUCCUUCGCUGGAGUCUGGCUCCACUUGCCAGCCAAGGAGCUGCUGCUCCUGUACAACAGCUUAAUAGACCCGAUGACCUUGGAGCCAGGACAUGCCGUUUUCCUUGUUGAGCAGGUCUGUCGGCUCCCUGCUUUGCCAACACCCCAGGGCAGGCAGCAGUAAUGUAACCGGUCAAGUCUUUGAUGGGCUCAAGGUGAUCUCGGCUGGGGUGUCAAACUCAAAUUGUUCAGAAGGCCACACUUCUAUUUUUGAUACCUCAAGAGAAUCACAUUGCUAUCUUUACAAUUUUAAGCCUGUAUUAUUAUUAUUAUUAUUAUUAUUAUUAUUGAAAAAAUAAUUUAAAAUCAAAAUACAAGCUAUAAUACAAGAAAGAAAACAGAGAAGAAGAAAAUACAUUAUCUUAUCUGUAAGUUGGAACAUACCGUAAAUGAUAUCUACUCUUCCAUAGAUCUCUCAAUCUACAUUCAUAAGACAAAAGUCACACGCACACACACUAUAAAUAAGAGGAAUAGUAAUAUGGCUUUUGUUAAUAUGUAAUAGAAUUUGCAAUCUUCAAGCCCUCUCUGUUUGCUCUUAGUGAUGCUUGCAUUACUUUGCUUUAACUCCGUUUACUUUGUAAAACUCUCUUCUUUCUCUCUAUGACUCACAGCAAUGCUCCCUCUGUACCAUCUUUGACUUCUCUCUGUUAGAUGUCUCUUUUCCUCUCCACUCCUUAGCAGGCCCUCUCUCCUCUCUCUUUGCAGUCUAUGGUGUGUGUGUCUUCUUGCGCUGCCAGAGUCUGCAGCCCUAUCCCAUGUUAUCGCCUGUCUAUCUCUGUUACCCCCUCUUUUCCUAGGACCACAAAGAUAUAGAAAGCUGCCUUUUGCAGAGUCCAUCUAGCUCAGUACUGACCACACUGACUGGCAACAGCUCUCAGGCAGAUGCUCUAUAAUUGAACUAUACCCCUUCCCGUUCUCCACCCCAUUCCGUAGUUGAGUUUCCUGCAUUUCAGGGGGCUGAACAAGGCAAUCCUUGGGAUCCCUUCCGAUACUACAGUUCCAUUAUUAGGUAUCAUAACAGUUUGUUCCAGAAUGGUAUAGAAUGGCUCUCGCCUCAUCACAGCAAUUCAAAAUAACAUAUUCAUUAUGCAAAAUCAAUGCAGGGGGAAAAACCACCCUCCCAGUGGGCUUGGGAGGUGUAGUUUCUUUCAUUAUGAUUACAACUUGCUUGUCUUCCACAUGGAAUUCAAGGCAGUUGGUGCCCAAGGAGGUUCACAGGGAGUCUCCCAUCCAGGCACUGGAUCCAGACCAGCUUAGUGUCAUGUGAUGUCAGAUCAUGCCCUGUGCAGUCGAGCCAUCCUCAUCUUUGAAGGUGGCUGGUGGAGAUGGUCUCACAUGCUUAAGAGAGGCAUUUUGAUUUCAAUGGCUAGGAGGAACAGGGAAAUGCCAAGGCUGAAAAUGUAUGUUAAAUUUGAAUUAACUGGAGGUUCAUUUGUUUUAUAAAAAAAUGAAAAUCAAUAAAAAAAUUCAUAGGCAUAAAAGAGAGAAAUUCUGCAGCCUCCAGAGUGGAAUUCCUGCCAUGGGGCUCUUUUGGAGGGUACUUGAGAUGGGACAUCAACCAGUUUGCCUCUUCUGUGUCAUGAGAAUUCAGAGGUGAGAGACAAGGUCUACUCUUUCUGCAGUAGAGAUGACAAACUACAUUUUGCUGCCUGUGCCAAAGGAACAUAGGAAACCCAGAAAUGUAGGCAUCUGCCUCUUACUGAGUCAGACCACUGGUCCGUCAAGCUCAGUAUUGCCCAUCCUGACUGACAGUGGCUCUUCAGAAUUUCAGGCAAUGAGUCUUUCCCAGCCCUACUUGGAAGAUGCUGAGGAUUGCAUCUGGGACUUCCUUCAUGCAUAGCAGAUAGCUACAGAGCUAUGGCCCUUCCUCAAAAGUGUUCCCCAUCCCAUAUGCAAAAGCCAGCUGACCUGGCAACUGAAUCUUAUUUCAGCACUGAUGAUGGGACAUUGUCCUUUAUUGUAGCAGCAGGUGAGCUUAUGGGGCAGGUGACAUGGUGCCCAGAGCUCUCUCCUCCAACACCCCACCCCAGCAUCCUUUGCCACCUUGUUCUUCCUACUGGUAGGACCGGCACCCCUACUAAUAUUUUAGUUGUGAUAACUUGUGAGUUUUCAGUUUGAAAAACUGGAACCACGAUCUCGUGUCAGAUUGAGGCUCCAGUAUCGCACUGUUCCUACAAGCAGACUGUGAAUGUGAGCAAGAUUUUGUGGAAGGUCAGCUGGCAGGCAAAUAUCAGUAAAGACACAACCUCAAAAGUGUGGAAGCAACAUUUGAAUCCAUACAAGCUAUUUAUUAAUCCUAGUAGGUGAACUGAAACUGUUUUAAGUGUCAGUCAUCUUGGUAGUUUGAGCUCCCAGGCUAUUAACUUCUGGGAAAUAACGUCAGCCAUGAGAAGGAGCUGCCAUGAGAUCCAUUUUGGCUUAAUAUUUACCUCAUGUCUGAAUAUAUACCACACCCCAUAUCCAUGGUUUAUGAGAUUCCGGUGAGUCAGAAUCUUGCAAUGCAAUUGUGUGGAAUGUGCACAGCUAAGAGUCUGCAUGCGUGAUGCUGGUGCCCCCGACAGAGUUGAAGCCUGAGCUACGGACAAUGUAGGUUUGUUUCUGCUUAUUGAGCCAGAAAGGCAAUGCUCAAAUUCCUGCUUGUUCCAAUAUAGAGAAAUGACAGCUCCCACUGGAAGCCUGCAAGACCCCAUAGAGCCUCCACAGACAACAAUCUCAAGAUUCUAUCAGCUAGAAGGUUGAAAAUACCAGUAGCUUAGGGAGGGUUGAGCGUGAACUGUUAUUGUCACCCCAAAUGACGGGCAUGCAUUUGCUGAGCCAGAAAGGCUCAUUUUGUGAUGGUGCCACAGGAUACAAUUGACACCAUGUCUCCUGGACUGCCUUAUCUGUUGAGUAGCGAACCUGUUUUCUCCAGCAGAGGGCAGUCAUUUCAUGUAUGUACUGUAUUGGAUUGGCAUUUUGAUAGCACCCAGGAUUAAGUGGAACUUGUGAUACUGUAUAUAAUCUCACUAUCCACUAUACAAUUUCAGCCUGUAGCUUUCUUGAUUUUACUUAUGCAUAUACAUGAAGCACAGGGAUCACUCAAAAUUAAUUUGCCACCCAGUAACUUGGCAAACUAAUGACCCAUUCAACAUUUUAGAAACACAAAAUGAGUAAGAAAUUAUUGCAACUGCAAUAUAAUAAUGCAAUAUAAUAAUAAUUAACUAUAAUUAACUUCAUUAUUAACUAUUGAAGAAUUGCCCUUAUUUAGUAGCAUUCAUUACUAUCAUCUUUUGUGUUAUUUCAGUGCAGAUUGCACUGCAUUGGCAGAGAACAAAUCAAUUUUAAUUCAGUCUCCAGUGGCGUAGCGUGGGGGUGCAGGGGGGGCCGGCCGCACCGGGCGCAACAUCUGGGGGGCGCGCGCUCACACUUGAGUGCUAAAAUCCACGGGUUAGGGGGCGCAAAUUACUUGCCUUGCCCCGGGUGCUGACAACCCACGCUACGCCACUGUCAGUCUCUCAAGGAGGUCUGGAUACAUACAGUAAUUCAUGCCAAAAUUAGGGUUAUUCACUGUGAUUUUAUUAUGAGAAAUAAUCCAUGGGAAUAAAACAAAUGGAUAAAUUGCAUCCAUAAGAAGUGAACUAUUUAUUAAGAGCCAGGCUCUGAUAUAUAAAAUUAGGGAUGAGUAGCAGCCUGAUUCAAAGUAUACAUAAUAUGGUGACAGACCACCUAAUGCCAUUUCCGUCCUACAAUCACUUACGGCUCACAAUGAGCAAAAAACCCCACCCAUCAUGCAUGUGAGAUACGUUGUAUAACACAUCUUUUAUAAUUGCAAAUUAUAUCAGUACUCCCCUUAUCCUUCUACAAUAUCUCACUUAUGUUUUUUGGUAUCACAUGUGUAUCACAGAGCUUAGCUUGCCUGCAAUGAUUGUGGAUUAGAGUUGAAGUGUGCGUGUAUAUAGUAGUACAAUCCUAUUCAUGUUUAAGUAAGUCUCAUGGGUCUCAGUUGAGCUUACUCCCAGCUAUGGGUAGAGGACUGCAGCCAAUUGCAUCUUUGUACGAUGGUGGUACUUAGGCUUUAAUAACGUGGCACCUAUUAUUGUGCCAUUUUGACAAAUACAUAACCUCCCAGGCUUUUUCAAAUAUUGGAUGAGCUGAUUUUUAACACUCUUUCCAUUCUGUUGCUUUGAAUGUGUGUGUGUGUGUCCAUUGGCCUAUUGCAACGAUUGUUUUUUAUAUUAUUUUUCUUUAACAGUUUAACAUUGAAUAUGUAACUUUAUUUAAAGUUUAAUAUUAUUAAUUAUGACUUGUAUACAUGGCAGCCAUAGGUGACAAGGAAUUGCAGGAAGGCAAACGCAUAGCAUGCCUUGGGCGGGGGGGAACUGUCAUUAUACAGGAGCCUUGGAUUUUGGGGAAAUGUGUGCUAGGAAGGAGAAGGGGAACAGAGGGAGAACCCCGUGUGGUGCUGGCAAGAGGAGGCUGCACUGGGAGCCAUGAUGAUGGGUGCAACUUUGCACCCAAGCUUGCUGAAGAGAGGGGCAACGAGAUACAUUAUUGAGGUACAAUGUUCUGUACCUCCUCUGCUGCAGACUCCCAGGUGUAAAAAUGUGGUAAUAAACCAUUUAUCUUAAAGAUAUUAGCCUCCACUGUGCCUCAAUCUCUCCAAUCCUGGGUAACAUCUAGAAUCCCUGGAAUCUGUAACCACUCAUGGGGUAGUGUGCAACCAUUGCAGCAGAUCUACUGGCCUGUCUCCUAUAGGCCUUCUCGGUUAUAGCCCAGUUCACUGUUGGUAUGUUUUACACUGACACUGCUGCUUCUCUUUAUUUUUGCAGACAAAUGAGUCAUCAACAGGAGGUCAUGGCCUUGUUUCUUCAGGCUUUUCUUGAUGCUCCCCCGCCCCUUUGUGGAUAUAUUGGCUCAUAA